GUUAUUUCGGACUCUGAGUGCUAUCCCGGUGCAACAACGUGGAUAGCACAAAAUUUAAUCACUUUGUAUUAAAAAAGAACCGACACAGCGUUAUUAUCCGAUGAUUUGCUCCGUCUGGAUUUAAUAAGUGUUAAAGCCAUCGCUGGUCAACGAUGGGGAAGGCACCACAGAAGAAGAAGAGCCUCGCUGACAAAGUCCGCAAAGCCAAGACGUCUUCAGAGAUUAAAAACAACCCUUUUGAGGUGAAAAUUAACCGGAAGAAGUUUGAAGUCCUUGGGAGAAAAUCCAAACACGAUGUGGGUCUCCCAGGUGUGUCUCGAUCCAAAGCCAUCAAUAAGAGAAAAGAGACACUCCUAAAGGAAUACAAACAGAAAAACCGGUCCAACAAAUUUAUUGAUCGACGACUGGGAGAAUAUGAUGCUAAUAUUGCUCCAGAAGACAAAAUCCUGCAGAGGUUUGCCAUGGAAAGACAGCGUGUUCAUGGAAAGAAGGACGUUUACAACCUGAAUGAGGAUGAGGAGCUGACUCACUACGGCCAGUCUUUGUCUGAAAUCGAGAAAUUCAACGACACUGUGAACAGUGACGAUGAAUCGGAGGAGAAAGGGCUUUUAUCAGCUGAACUGACUGCCUCCCAUUUUGGAGGGGGCGGGGGCCUCCUCAGGAAGAAAACAUCAGGGGAACAGCAGGAAGAACCAGGGAAAGCCAAGUCCAGACAGGAGCUGAUUGAAGAGCUCAUCCAGAAGUCCAAGCAGGAAAAGAGAGAACGACAGGUGCAGAAAGAGGAAGCUCAGGAGCUGACUGAGAAGCUGGAUAACGAGUGGAGAAGCAUCCAGGCUCUGAUGGUGAAAAAAACACCCAAAGCUGAACAAGUCGACAAACCAGAGGAGAAACCGAAGCUGGAGGAAUAUGACAUGAUGGUCCGAGAGCUCGGCUUCGAGAUGAAGGCUCAGCCCUCAGAGAAGAUGAAAUCUCCUGAGGAGCUGGCCAAGGACGAGAAGGAGAAGCUGCAGAAACUGGAGGCCGACCGUUUGAGGAGGAUGAUGGGAGAAGAAGCCGAGGAGAGUAUGCAGCGUCAAAUCCACUUUUCUGCUGAUGACCUCAACGACGGCUUCAUUCUUGAUAAACACGACAAGAAAACCCUGUCCUAUCAGGAUGGAAAAUGGAACAUUCCGGAGGAGACGGAGGAAGAUGAGGAAGCAAAUGAAGAAGAGGGAGAUAGCGACGAGGAAGAGGAGUCGGGUGCAGAAGAGGAAAGCGGCGAUGAGGGUGACGUAGAGCAAGAGGAGGGCAGCAGUGAAGAGGAAGACGGUCACUCAGACCUGGACUCAGAGCAAGAGAGCGAGAGCGAGGAGCGAAACCAGGAGGAUGAGGAGGCCAGCAGCACCAGACCCAAGAAGAGCCUGAGCCCAGAGGAGCUGAAGGCCCAGCAGGAAGCAGCUAAAGCAGAGCUCCCGUACACGUUUACUGCCCCUGAGAGCUACAGCGACCUGAAAGAUUUACUUGAUGGUCACACCCCUGACAACCAGCGCCUCAUUGUGGCCAGGACUCAGAAGUGCAACCACCCUAGUCUGGCUGUGGGCAAUAAGCUCAAACUGCAGAAACUGUUCGGCUUUCUGUUGGAGUACAUCGGUGAAGUCGCUACCAGAAGCCCCCCCGAACUCACCACCGUAGAUAAACUUAUUCCGGAGAUCUACACGUUGUGCCAGAUGUUUCCAGAUGCAGCCUGUCAGGCCAUGCAGAGCAUCCUGGGAGAUGCUGCUCACAUCAUGGAGGAGGAUCUUGAGGUCAAAGGUCAUGCUGCUUUCCCCACACUAGACAUGCUCGUUUACUUGAAGGUGACAGCGCUGCUGUUUCCUACCUCCGACUGCAGACACCCAGUUACGACUCCAGCUCUGCUUUACAUCAUCCAGACUCUCACCAGGUGUCCUGUGAGGUCCUUACAGGACCUGACGGCAGGUUUGGUGCUGUGUUGUCUGGCGGUGGAGUACGUCUCUUUAUCAAAGCGCUUCCUGCCCGAGCUCAUCAACUUCCUGACUGGAACACUCCACCUGGCGGUUAAGGACAAGGCUGCUCUUGGCUACGCAGUGGUGCCCCCCUUCAGAGCGUCAGGGAAGCACAGCAACCUGCUGGUGUCGUCAUCCUCAGAGUCCUGCAGAAACUGGAGCCAGAAAAGCCUGCCGCUGUCUGCUGCCCAACACCUCGAUCUGAGAAGUGACCAGGACAGAGAUCACCACAGGUUGUCGUGCUUGUUCACCUGCCUCGACUUGGUGAAGAGAUGCUGUCUGCUCUACAAAGAUCUGCCCUCCUUUGUACCCAUCUUCCAUCCUAUCAGAACUCUCCUUUCUAAACAUCUUUCACCACAAAUGCUACCAAAAGCUUCACAAGAGCUUCACAGUGAGAUCCUGGAAGCCAUCAGCAGAGCUCCUGUGACUCACAGCCGGUUAGUUUUUGACAAGAAGAAGCCCAUUCCUCUGAAGCUGCUCACACCCAAGAUUGUUGAAGUCUUGGACUAUGGAAAGAAGCGAGGCAGCUCGAAAGAUGAGAAAGAACAGGAGCGACUGAAGCACAAAUAUAAAAAAGAGUUCAAGGGCGCUCUGAGGGAGAUCAGGAAGGACUCACGUUUCCUGGCCAGAGAAAAGCUCAACGAAGUCAUGAACAGGGAUGUGGAGAGGAAGAGGAAGGUGAAGAUGCUCCUGGGCAGCUUGGCCACUCAAGAGGGAGAGUGGAAAGCCCUGAAGAGAAAAAAGAAAAAGUGAAAUCCCAAUUUAUAGCCUUCACUGUUUCUAUUUGAUCAGUUUUUUGUUUUUUAAAUAGACUUGUGUAACUGAACAGUUUAAUAACUGCACAAGACAAACAUUUCUGAAAAUACAGUUUCUUCACUGUUGAACACAUUAUACAGCUUGAUUUGCCAGAAUUAAAAAGUUGUCAGAAUGUU